AGAGAACUGCGAUAAAGCUUUCUCGAGGCCUUUCCAUACGACGGCUGAUGAAGGCUGCUAUUUGUACUACCUGCAGCAACAUCAGGAGGACAUGCUUUCCCAUCCAUACCAGCCAGGCCUUGCAAAACCGGCCUAAGCUGUCCUCCCCCUCACUAAGUUACGCACUAAAAUUGGCUUCUGGCGGAGGUUGUCAAGCAUAGUUCACGCGUGGGGUAAAAGCUCGGAGUCGGUACGCAUAGUACGGAGUAGUAAAUAAAUAGUUAAUUACAGCGUAGUUAGUUAUGUAACUAUGUCAAUCAACUGCCCGCCACUAUCGAACUAGCCCCGAAGCUAAAUCUUUCCCCUGUUGACGCCUGCGAAGACAUCACCUCCAGGCCGACUUCACUUCAUACGCAGGAAAUUUCUCAGAGUCCCCUCUAUCAUGUUCUUGUUUCGGUGUCGUACAGCGUAACAUCGGGGAAUGAGGAUCCGUGCUGCGGCUAGUAGUCUCAGCCCCUGUAUCCGGGAAAACUGCUCACCAAUACAACACCCUCUGCGCUUGCGUAUGUCGCUGACAUGGUCCGAGUCUAGCCAAACGGCUGCCCAGUUCCUCCGUGAAGCAAGAGAUGAAAAUUAAAAGUACACCACCGUGGCCACGGAGUUACACGCUACUUGAAGUGAGCUUGCGAACAGGCCCUCCGGUGGUUUCCUAUGUUCUGUCUUGCAAGGCCGAUAGCUCGCCGUGUAGAACCCGCCGCAUGCACUGGAUCCUACGUCUGCUUCUAGAGGGAGAUAACAAAUCGACCUGAUUCAGUAGAUCGCCGGUCAGACCGGGGUCAUUGCGAGAAUGAAGCUGGCUUUGUGAUACGAUAGCGGCCCAAAGCUUCGAGAGUGGCCAUGUCAGAAAAGUAGUUGUGUCACAACAGGUCGGUAGAAUGGGUCUUUAAUUGAACGUUGGCUAGACUAGACUGUCUUUGCUGUUCAGUUCAUUCGAAAGCUUUGAGAACAAUGAUAUCCCGCAUGGCCAACCCAUGCACGCUUGGUUUUCUAUAAGUAUUCUACUCCACCCCGUGGGGAAAACACAAGGACAGUCGAAACCUCCACAAAUAUCGAUCGGGGUACCCUCUUUUACUUUUGGGUCCGCAUAGCUACUCCAUAAUAAACCCUUCCGCGGGAUAUUACAAUGGCAUCAGUAUCUCCAAGUCAUUCCUCGGCUCCUACUCAGGUGGUGGAGAAAGGCGCGUACUCUGGGGAAGUCCAUAACGGGUCCUAUAGCCAGGAUAAAUCAAUUCUGGGUGAAGAAAGCCACGUUACCAUAACGCAGGCUCAAGAACCUCUCUGGUGUCGGAUUCGAUAUAAGCUACGAGAGCCAUUUUCUGAGUUUGUUGGCGUCUUUAUGAUCGUUCUUUUUGGAGAUGGAUCGGUGGCCCAGGUUAUUCUAAGUAAUAGAAAGAACGGCGAUUAUCAGUCAAUUAGCUGGGGCUGGGGGUCAGUAUAUACUUGCAUUUCCUCUAUCCCGCUCCAAUUACCGAGAAUAUGAAAGAAAAGGGAAAUAUAAGAGAUAAAUUGAACAUAACAUUAGUUGACAUAAUUGAUAGCCUUGGUGUGAUGCUCGGCGUCUACUGCUCAGGUAUAUCAGGGGCGCAUCUAAACCCGGCCGUCACCCUUGCAAACUGCAUAUUUCGUAAAUUCCCCUGGAGAAAGUUCCCCAUCUAUGUGCUCGCCCAGACCCUGGGUGGGUUCGUUGCCUCUGGGGUGGUUUAUGCGAAUUACAUGUCCGCCAUUGACGUCUUCGAAGGAGGCGUUGGUAUUCGCACCGUGGGCCUCGAAACAUCCACUGCGGGAAUCUUCUGUACAUAUCCAGUCGACUUCCUGAACAAAACAGGCCAGGUUUUCUCGGAAGUCAUCGCCAGCGCGAUCCUGAUGUUCUGCAUUUUUGCUUUGCUCGACAAUGAUAAUAACGGUGCCCGCAACCUCACGCCAUUGGGAUUGUUUUUCGUGAUAUUUGGCAUUGGCGCAUGUUUUGGUUGGGAAACAGGAUAUGCGAUCAAUCUUGCGCGAGAUUUUGGGCCUCGCUUGAUGUCUUAUAUUGUAGGAUACGGCCAUGAAGUAUGGUCUGCUGGGAAUUAUUACUUUUGGGUCCCAAUGGUUGCACCAUUCAUUGGAUGUACGCUGGGAGGAUUCCUAUAUGACGUCCUGCUGUAUACAGGGCCUAGUCCCAUCAACGCCCCAUGGAUGGGGUUCGAUCGUCUACUGCGACCCACGCCUGAAGUAUGGUCGAACACAAAAUCGGACACUUAUGCUUAGCGAGUGACGAGUACGGUUCUGCAUGUUACUAUUUGUUACUAUUGCGGUGCCUGGCUAUGGAUCAAAUAACAUGGAGGUUUAACCACCACACCAAAAAGGAGCAAUUCUUGAGGUGGAUUCACUCAUCUGAGGCUUUUUAUAUUUGUAGGAUUUAACACGUUGAUCCGCUUUACAAUAUACUGUACAUACCAUAGGGAGUGAAAAUAGGAUUCCACACGUAUUAUUAUUAUUUCAAUACUUUUGCUUGCAUCGAAAUAGAAUAGUGAUAAUAUACCCAGGCACAUAUCUCGCUCA